CCCCCCCCCUCAAAAAAGGGGGGGUCAUGCAGUUGCAGAUGAAGCUCUCACGCUGAUCCACAGCCAGUCAGAGCCUUGAGGGAAAGAGGUGUGAGAAGGACACAGAAAAAAGUGUGUCUGGACCAGACGUCACGCACACUCCCACUGAGACGUGGAAACCCGCUGCCAUAGGAAGGCGUUCAUCCUCACGCAUUCUGAGCAGUGGAAAAGGCAGCAAUAUCAGACAGACACCUAUCGAGGGGCUCUUUUCAGAGGCUUUGCUCAAGAGCGUGUCCAGUGGGUUUGCAUCGUCAUGGAUCAGCCGGCCAGCAGCUGCAUGCGGAGCGCCCAUCCCGGCAGCCCCAUCUGGGGCUGCAUGAGGAAUCCACACUCUGGGGUCCCUGGAGCCAACCUGCAGUCACCUUACCAGCAGGCCCCUUUCGCCCUUCACCAGAAGCCUGACUUUCUGGCUUACACGGACUUCUCCAGCUCCUGCCUGGUGCCGGCCGCGCCGCACGCCGCCUACCCGCGUGACAACAGACUCUACCAAGAGAGCCCAGGAGGCUAUCAGAGAGCCGACUGGCAGUUCAACCCCUGUGAGACCAGGGUGAGAGCGCCCGAGGCCUGCCCACCUGUGGCUCCGGCCGUGGUUAGUGGAGGCGGAAGUGGCGGGCAGGAACUGGACAACGGAGUGAGCGACAGGCUGCCAGGAAGGGUUUCCACGUGCCUGGAGGGAGAAUACUCACCGCAGAGCGUGGCGUCAGCUGAUUCCGACAAGAAGAGCUCGAGUAAGAGGAAGAAAGACAUCACAGAUAUCCAGGAAUCUGGAUUUAAAGUGGAUUCCAGCUGCAAAGCAAGGAAAGAGCGCACAGCGUUCACUAAAGAGCAGCUGAGAGAGCUAGAAGCCGAGUUCACCCACCACAACUACCUGACCCGACUGCGGCGCUACGAGAUCGCCGUUAACUUGGACCUCACAGAGAGACAGGUAAAAGUUUGGUUUCAGAACAGACGGAUGAAGUGGAAGAGAGUGAAGGGAGGACAGUCAACUUCGCCCAAUGACCUUGAAAACGACGAUAUAGACUCAGCUGCCUCCCCAAGCUCUGAAUAAACCAACCAAAACACAACAAUGCGACUGGACAACUUUUGCUUGAUUCUCUGGAAAAUUGCCCUUCAGGAGACUUUUUGAAUUCCCAGGAAGACUGUUAAGUGUUGUACAUAAGACGUCUUAAACAAACUUCAUUUUGAUGUUUGUUGUUUCUCUUUUCCCCUAUUUUUACAUUACUGACUGUGUUUCAAUGCUGUUGAAAUUUGCAGUCAUUGUGGAGAAAGUCCAUACAUCAGCUUUUCGUGUGUUGAUAAUGUAUCCAAGGUGGCUCUGAAGUGCAAAUCCCACUAACAAAUCACUCAACGCAAAGACCAUGUACAGAUCACAACAGCAAUUUAAAAAGCAAAACUAAUAAUGAGAAAAACAAUAUUUAAUUUUAAAACCAUUUUUUUAAUAAAAAAAACCCAAUUAAAAAAAAGGAAAUAUAAUUAAAAUGAAACAUUUCCGAAAACAAAAGUACUUUCCAGAAAUCUCAAUGAAAUGAUAAAAAACGAAAAUGGAAAAAUGUAGCUACUAUGGAACAUCGCUAAUGUUUUUUUUUUCUUCUUUGUCCAUAAACUGUUUUAUGAUUAAUACAGAGCUUUGUGCCAAAUAACUUUUGAUCAAAAAUGAUGAACAAACAUCAUCCAAUAAACAGUGUCCCAUAAUGCUUACCUUUUCUUGUAGGUACAAUGGGACAUCGCCGAUUGGAUACUGACGUUGGAUGAUAUCCUCACCCAAUCAGGGAUGUCCCAUAGUACCUACCUUUUCCAAUUUCUUCUUUUGUUAUUUAGGUUUCAUUUUGAAUUAUAGAUAUUAUUUUUGCUUUUCAAAUUUUUUUAUUUUUAUUUCAAUUCAUUUUUUUAAAUAAAAAAUUUAAAAUAAUUUUGAUUUGAUUUUUUAAAAGUGUUGUUGUUUAUUUUAAUUGUGAUUUUUAAAAUGUCUUUGCCUGUAGUAGUUUGUUGGUGUAAUUUGCACUUCAGGGCCACAGUACAUAUCAGACUGUGAUUGUGUUUGAGUGCGUCAUCUUUCUGAACACUAUUUGACGCUUGACUACAAACACCUGAGGAGACUCAGACUGCACACAUGUUGUCGAGCUCUAAGUGCCUCUGAAUUAAUGUUCUUUUUUUUAAUAUAUAUGUAUAAAACUAUAUAUUAUUUUGUCAGGUUUUUUUCCUUGAGUUUUGUUCUGUCCGACAUUUUUACUGCUUCUUUAUACAGUUUAAAUGCUAUUGAUCAAACCCAGAUGGAGACUGUUUCUACGAAUAGAAUAAAUCAUAUCAUGCAAAAUGGA